UUUAAUGUCUUCUUUCAAGAAAAAGGUCUCGUCCGAGCAGAUUGCCUUGACUGGCACUCGCUCGUCGCCAGGAUCCACAUCUACCAUCAUCACAUCCACUGGUAUUCCUUCAUUAGACGACCUUCUAGGUGGUGGCUUGCCCUUGUCCUGUUCGCUCCUCGUGCAAACGUCCGAUCCUCAUUCUUCUUACGGAGAAUUGGUGCACAAGUACUUCAUUGCCCAGGGUCUUGUUACUCGCCAAAAUGUUUGUGUAAUCUCGGAGAAUCCAUUGAAUCUCGUCAAGGGAUGCAUGUGGCUGCCAAACUCUGGAAACAUUCAAUAUAACUCUCCGCAACCCGUAAGUACGAUGAACAUCAAUGACGACGAGGAGACUGGCCAAUCUUCAAACGAAAAAAUCAAAAUCGCUUGGAGAUAUGAGCAGAUGAAACAAUUUCAGACUACAGUACCAUCAUCCGCUCUAUCUGGUACUGAGGAAUCCUGUUCGACGUUUGAUCUGACUUGUCGCAUACCGGAUUCAAUUAUCAACAGUGCUCUUCAGUCAGGGCAACUUUCCUUGUUCGACGUAGGCAUCAUUGGCAUGGAUGAUGUGUCAGCUCCAUGCUCUGCUUUAGUACUUCGCCAGAUCGAGAAAGUUAUUAAGGCAGGAUCUCCGUCAACACCUCUUCGGAUAUGUAUUCCAGCCUUAGGGUCUCCUGAAUGGGGGGAUGUGAAUAGUAAAGACAUAUUACGCUUUUUGCAUCGUUUUCGGACACUUUUGAAGCAACACGCCCAUACAUGUGCUUCAAUCAGCCUCCCGUGUCAUGUUUCGAGGCCGUUCUGGGAUGGUCCAGGCUGGUCCCAAAAGCUUGGAUGGUGUGUUGAUGGUUCAAUUACUUUGUCCGCGUUUAGUGCCAAUCCAGCUUUGACUGCGCUCUCGCCUUCUCACCACGGCCUCGUCGAGAUCCGCAGUCUACCCGCGCCACAUACGUUACUUUCACCCAGUGACAAAUUUUCCACGUUACGUGGACUAUCAUCAUCCGCUACGUCUUCUGGAGGUGGCGGUGAGAACAACCUCGCAUUUAAGUGCACCAGGAAGCGACUGGUAUUCGAAACGCUGCAUCUUGAUGUCGAAGGGGGUGUAGGGGAGCGGCGGACAACACCCUCCACCGGAACGGUCAUGCAAGGUGUCACGAACGACAAUACUCUCGACCAGUCUCUACUUCCGAGAACGGCAGUAGCAGCAGUGGAGGUGCUCUUAGAAGAAGACUUGAAGGUUUCAGUCGCCUCUUCAAUCACGUCCACUGUUCAGAUGGAAGGCUCCGUGGCGGCAAUGGUGCCCAAUUCAUCAAUGAUAGACACACUGGGUUCUGUGGGGGGGGAGGUCUGUUCGAAGGGAAAGAAACCAAAGAAAAGGGUUGCAUUCCAGUCAGACCGACCGGACUUGUAUGACUUUUAAGCUCAUCUCAUGUCGGGCAUCCGCAGUGUACGGGUUCACAGCCAGAACGUUUCCGGUAAGCAUCAAUAUCUACCAGGCACGGUUCGGGGAGUGUGAUCGAAUGAAACCGUUGUAUCUGAAGUAUUUGAAUGGAUGUCUACGGAAGCAUUCGGACCCUGAAUAAAAGACUUGGUAU